GGUCUGGGCUCGGAUCGAGAGUUGGGUUGUUCAAUCUGUGAGGAGGACAACAACCAGCUCUGAGUGUACCGGAUGGAUGCAUGUUGGCGAUGAAUGUUCUUGUUGAUGACUGGUGACGGUGGACAUGGAUGAGCAAUCUGAUCGUUGCCGUUGAGCUCUCUGCAGAUGUGAUGUAUUGUCCCAAACCUGAUCAAGCAAACUACUUUCACAAAUGAGGUGCUGCUUGGUUUCAGGACGUGUGUCCUAUCACUGAGGGCAAAUGUGUAUCGGGAGAGAUGGAUCGUUGUAAGCACGUGGGACGCCUUCGUCUGGGCCAGGACCAUUCCAUCCUCAAUCCACAAAAAUGGCACUGUGUGGACUGCAGCACCACCGAUUCAGUGUGGGCCUGCCUCAAGUGCUCCCACGUGGCCUGUGGACGUUUCAUGGAGGAGCACUCGCUCAAACACUUUCAGGAGUCACAACACCCACUGGCUAUGGAGGUGCGUGAGCUGGAUGUGUUCUGUUUUGCCUGUGGAGACUAUGUACUCAAUGAUAAUGCCGAGGGAGACCUCAAACUCCUCAGAGGGGCCCUCUCUACUGUUCGCAGCCCAGGUAGACGCUCGCUACGCUCCUCAACUGGGGGAGAGUGCACCUCCUGGGUGGGGGAAGGUGGGCCACAGCCCGCCAUGCAGUUGGCCUCGCGUCACAGGAGGAAAGCUCUUCUCGGGAAGAUGCUUCGGAUGUGGAUUGGUAAACACCAAGAGCUGCAGAAUCAGCGUAAAGAGAAACUUGAGGAAGCUAGAAGACAAAAAAAAGAGGUUAAAAGGAGACUCAUGGAAGAGCUUGGCAAUGUCCCUCCCAGGAAAAGUGCCCGGCUUCUUACUCAGGCGCCACGUUCAACCAUCACACUCAUUCCUCGCAAAUUUCGCGACCCUCCAGAACGCCUACCUCCUCCUCCUCCUCCCAAGAAGCCUUCCCUUCUAACCCUUUCCCGUAGGGCUCCUCAGAACGGCAGAGCUGCUAAACUGAGGAGGUACUACUCCACACACGCGGUAACCCGCCGGAGACUCGCUCCAGGUGUCACUGGUCUGCGCAAUUUGGGGAACACAUGUUACAUGAACUCAAUAUUGCAAGUGCUGAGCCACCUGCAGAAAUUCAGGGAGUGUUUUCUCACUUUGGACCUGUGUGAGACGGAGGAGCUGCUGGCCAAGACCAAUAACUCCCAGGAGAUGAAGGGUGUGACAGGAGGUGUUGUCAGCAGUGGUAACACAGCGCUGUCAGGAUGCCCCCUUGGACGCAUGGGGAAACCAGGCAGUUGGAAUUUGUCCCCGGGCAAAAAGGAAAGUGCGCCACCUUCUCCACAGGCUUCGGAGUUGGUCCAGCCCAAGGAGACUCGAUGCUCCACCCGCCAGCAAAUGUCUCUGUGCCAUGAGUUACACACACUUUUCAGGGUCAUGUGGUCAGGCCGGUGGUCUUUAGUGUCUCCAUUCGCCAUGCUGCACUCUGUGUGGAACCUCAUCCCAGCUUUCCGUGGGUACGACCAGCAGGACGCCCAGGAGUUCCUGUGUGAGCUGCUGGACAAGGUGCAGCAGGAGCUGGACACAGAGGGCUCCAAACGCAGGAUAGUCAUCCCCAUUACAAAGAGGAAGCUAUCCAAGCAAGUGCUAAAGGUUCUCAACACCAUCUUUCAUGGGCAGCUCCUCAGCCAGGUGACAUGUCUGUCCUGUAAGCACAAGUCUAACACAGUUGAGCCAUUCUGGGAUUUGUCUUUGGAGUUUCCAGAGCGAUACCACAGCAUAGACAAAGGCUCAGGCUCUACAGCUUACCAGCGCAGCUGCACCCUCACCGAGAUGCUGUCCAAGUUUACGGAAAUGGAGGCUCUCGAAGGCAGCAUCUAUGCCUGCAACCACUGCAACAAAAGAAGACGGAAAUCAUCCCACAAACCCUUAGUUCUGUCAGAGGCUCGUAAGCAGCUUCUGAUCUACCGUUUACCUCAGGUUCUACGGCUGCACCUCAAACGCUUCAGAUGGUCUGGGCGGAACCAUAGGGAGAAAAUCGGCGUCCAUGUGGCCUUCGACCAGGUUCUGAACAUCAAACCAUACUGCUGCACAGGCUCAGGUCACUCUGUCCACAGAGGAGGCUACACCUACGAUCUGUCUGCUGUUGUUAUGCAUCAUGGGAAAGGCUUUGGCUCAGGGCACUACACUGCAUACUGCUACAAUACAGAAGGAGGUUUCUGGGUCCACUGUAAUGACUCUGAGAUGAAGGUUUGCAGUGUGGAAGAAGUGUGCAACACUCAGGCCUAUAUCCUCUUCUAUACCCAGAGGUCUGCCUAGGUACCUCUCGCUGUGAUGUCGACCUGUUUGGGCAACUCAAGGCUGCAUUUAUGAAAACGUUUUCCCGGGUGUCAUUAAGCAAUCACUUUGAACUGAUUCACUAAAAAAAGAUAGCAACGGGGGCAGUAGGACAGCCACAAUCAUGAGUCAAGGUGAACAUUUUGGUAGCAUAAUCUGGAUGAGAAAAAUGAUAAUAAUGGUACACACACUGUAAUGUUGCCACGGUAAAUUAAAAGAAAAUCAUUUAAAUUUAAAUGUCCUAAUGGCUGGCUUUGGGUUAUGUUUGUUUGUAGAGAAAAGCAAGAGGAAAGAAAUAAAAAACCUUUUCAUAAAUGAGGCCACAGCUUUCUUGGCCUGUGGGACCAGCAUAUCGGUUAAUGGCCCGAAGACUGUGGGAGCAGGUUCGACUCCGUCCUGCUGAACACUAGUUGUGUGUCCGUGUUUUUUUUUGUUUUGUUUUUUUUUUAAACAAUCAGGCUCACGUCUGUUGAGUCUGGAACCAAUGAGGCGCUCUCCUGAAACAGCAUUUCACACAUAGGCCACACGGAUUCUGGAUUUUAGAGCAUUUCUACCACAAUAAUGUUGUUAAUGUACAUUUUAUAUGUGAUUUGAUAGCCGAUGCACUAAAUAUUAUAAGAGGUACCUCUUUCAACAUCAUUGUGUAGUGACACUUGAAUUAAAUGAAUCUAGUGAUUAAAGUCCAGAGUCCGUGUCGCCUCCUGUUUUUAACUUUUUUAAUUAUCUUGUCAUGGGAACUUUAAACGCUCAUCCCUGUGUCGUCUGUACUUCAUCAUGUCCUCUCCUCAAUGGUACUGCUGUGACUGGAUACUGCGCUCUCAAGUGAGCAGGCAUAGUUUUAGUUAUAGUUUAUUUUGUAGUCAUUCUAUGUUUCACUUUCAUAAAAAAACUUGAUUGAGGAUGAGUAAUUGAAGCUGCACUUUUGAGGAGGGGCUACUAUUGUUGGUCCUAUCUUUGUGAUUGUUCAUCUUUAAGCUCCUGUAUCUUGUUUAAAUGGCAGCUCCCCCUGUGGUGUAACGGUUAGGUAGUCUGAGCCGGGGGACGGAGACUCUGCGCCUGUGUUUUAACUGCAGGAGGAACGAGUGAAAGGGCAGACUGCGAUACAGAAGAAUGUGUUGGGGUUCCCAUUUUGAGUCGAGCACCUGAAAGCAAUAUAUUGUACGUCUUGCAUCUUGACAGGAAAUUAAGAUAAAAUCAGGAAUUCUUCUGCUUGUUAUACAAUGUUUUUUUUCUACUCUGCUGUUUCUAUCAAGGUCUUUAGAAUUUACUAGGUAAUCAAGAAAAAACGUUGUGUUUGAUACGAGUCAAACGCAAAAUACAUUUGUGAACUCUAUGUAAAAGUUGGAACAAUCUAAUGACGAUGAAUGUCUUACUUUUCAGUGGUCAGGUGUGGCCAUGCCACCGGCUCUGAUCCCUUUGAGUUCUGUCUUGUACUGUAAGAAUACCUGUCAUAAAUGUAAUGGUCAUAUGGGUUUUACCAGACGGUGAUUAUUAAAAAGACAAAACA